AUGGACUCCUUGACAGAUGACGUCAGUGCGAUCGUACUUGCAAGAUUACCGCUUAAGACCAUCACAGCUUCAAAACUGGUUUGCAAGCGGUGGAAGUCGAUCGUAGAGUCUCCAUUUUUCCGUGACCUUUUCCUCUCCCUGCACCAAAAAUCGCCCUCUUCUUCAUGGUGGCUCAUGCACAUGUCUUCUACAAACCCAGAAUACGUGGCUCACUAUGGAUGCGACACUUGGGGACUUAAACGAUCUUUGGGCUCUUUCAUCUCGUCUUUCCUCAAAAAAAAGUUCACGAACAAGACCGACAGAUAUCCAACAGCCAGUAUGGUGGCUUACUCCGAUGAUGGUUUGAUUUUGGUAUAUGACGAUUUCCACGAGGAGAAGAGAUCCUUGUACGUGGCUAAUCCGGUUUCACAGGAAUGCGUAGACAUCUCUCCUCAUGCUUUUCCUACAGGGUUUGAAGCGGGAAACUUUUCCUGGGACUUGGGAAUUGCCACACGGACUGUGAAAGGCGUGCUUUUGGGCUACAAAGUUGUUAGCUUUGCUCGAAGGAAAAGAGAUGAGAUGGAUUUAAGUUUCCUAAUAUAUUCAUCUGACACAGGCUUGUGGAGUCUCGACACUUUCCGUCUUCCUUACUCUUUUAAGAACUAUCUUUUUUUCGACAAUCCCUUUAGCUUGAACGGAGAACUUCACUGGCUCGUCCGGAACAAUGACAAUGAUGACGUUGUUUUAUCCAUAGAUUUAUAUGGCACGGGUUCUGAUCGAUGCCGUGCUACACCUUUCCCUGACGUGGAUGAAACUACCAAAUUCAUAAGAUUUUGCACAAUUUCUCAAGGAUUUCUCAUGUAUAUGAACAUAGUCUCUCCAACCGAUGGAAGUCUAGAGGAUAGGUUAUGUGUAUGGAGACUACAUCACGAGGAGGGAUGGCAACUAGUAUCUGAAAUCUCCCCGGAUUUUAUUUUGACCGGCUUCGACUAUUUUCCGCUGACAAUAAACCCUUUUGAUGCGAAAACAGCUUACUUUUGGAGCAAGGAACAACAACGUUUGCUAUCUAUCAACUUACACAAUGGGAAGUUUGUGCUCCACAAUCAGUUGGAACGUCUCAAGUACGGUUGCAUUAUGAUUCCCGUUCAAGACACGGGAGGUAUGGUUUUGGUUAGAGGCCUGAAAGAUAUGCAAUACAUGGAAGAAUCAAGCUUUUCCCAAUUCGUUCUCCCACAGUGGCUGCAUCGGAUUCCCAGGACUGUGAGAAGAGUUUAA